AUUCAUAUGUGAGACAAAGCGUGUUGUUCCUGGACUCAUCUCCGCUUCUUCGUUCAUGAUCGAUCGUACCAAGAUGGUUCAAUGGAAGAGGUUGUUUGGCCUCGAUGGCACGUAAGUCAUGUCCCGAUCACAAGCUACCCCACCCGGAUUAGCUUCUGUGCUGCUUCGUCUUUGCCGUUGUAAAAAGACCUCUCGCUGAUUAUUUAUUUCUUACGGCUUUUAGGGAAGAUCGGCAUUUUUGGUCUCAGGAGGCUGCGAGACGUAUGUACAAUCUUGGUUCUUGCUGCUUUGAGUUCCUCUCAACGGUUGGCUAAUUGUUGCUCCCAAUAGUAUUGCCAGUCCACCACGAUGAGAGCAUUCCGUCCGCGAUGCCGGCUGCCGAAGUCACGAAGGUUGCGCUCCGACUGAGAUACCUGAUUGAGGAGAGUGUGCCGUGUGAAUUGGAUGAGAACUUGAUUACACGUCCGCACAGCAGAAUCAUUACACCCAAGGUUAUCAAGGCAGCCAAGGAGGCCGGUGGUCCGCAAUACGGAGCAUGUGUUGUCUACGCAUUGCUGGUUAACAAGAGAUGGUUCAAGAAACAAGCUACCUUGGAGCUUUGGGAUGCCGAUUUACACAAUGUUCGAGCGACGGCUUGCGAAGUGAUUGCGAAGGCGCUGUGAGUAGCUCGCUGUUCGGGUUAAGGAUGGAAACUGAUAGGAUAUUGUAGUAUCGAGAACGAAGAUAGCACCGAUUACCUACUCCAAGAUAUCCUUCUCAAGCGAUACUCCAUCAUUGUGGAUGGCGAGCAGACACACCCAACGAAUGUGAUUGAGCGAGCCGUGGAUCUACAUGCGCUCAGGGUUACCGGUUCAUCAGGAUACCAAAAAUGUGUCAACUACCUUUGGAGAGGCUGGCUCGUCCAAGACGAAAACGACCCUUCUCGAUUCGUAGACUACAAAAAGAAAGAUAAUACCAACUACUGGACUCACGUACACCCCGAUCGAAUGCGCGCACCACUCUACCAGAAUGCCACUCAAAUCGUCAUUUCUCUCAUCUACCUCGGUCUCUACACCGGAGCCAUCAACACCGUCAAUCCUACGGGAGACUUGGACAUUGUCGAGGUCUUUCUGUAUAUUUUCACCCUGGGCUUCUUGUGCGAUGAGUUCUCUAAGGUGUAUAAGGUGGGACGGUUUUAUAUUGGGUUUUGGAAUGUGUUCAAUUUGAUUCUCUAUGGACUGCUUACUACGAGUUUGGUUACGAGGAUUAUUGCUCUCGGUCAUCCGGUUGGGGAGGAUAAGAGAGGACAUUUUAACGAGCUUAGUUAUAAUUUCUUGGGUAAGUCGGACGUUUUUGCGAUAUAAGCACUCCUAUCUCGACUAUUGACUUGAUGGAUGUAAUCUUUACUAAUUUUGACAGCCUUCUCUGCUCCAAUGUUCUGGAUGAGAUUAUUGCUCUAUCUCGACUCAAUCCGCUUCUUCGGAGCAAUGCUGGUAGUGUUGAAAGUCAUGAUGAAAGAGUCACUCAUAUUCUUUGCCCUCCUCUUCGUCAUUGUCAUAGGAUUCUUACAAGCGUUUGUCGGAAUGGACAACGUUGAUAACAAUGCCGAUGUAAGCCUUUUACAUCCUCUUCUAUUAACCAACUAACAAGAACUAGGCAACAAUGUUCAUCCUUCAAUCCAUGGCCAACGCUUUAAUGGGUUCCCCUGACUUCAGCGGCUUCGACAACUUCGCUCCGCCCUUCGGAAUAAUCCUCUACUACAUUUUUACCUUCCUUAUCAUGGUAAUUCUCCUCAACGUCCUGAUCGCACUCUACAACUCGGCCUACGAAGACAUAACCACCAACGCAAUCGACGAAUACAUGGCGCUCUUCGCCCAAAAAACCAUGCAAUUCGUCCGCGCACCCGACGAAAACGUCUUCAUCGCCCCCCUCAACCUCAUCGAAAUCUUCUGUCUCAUCCUCCCCUUCGAAUGGUGGAUGUCCCGCAAGGUCUACGCAAAACUCAACGAUUGCGUGAUGGCUAUCAUAUAUAGUCCCUUGCUGUUCAUCGCGGCCUACUUCGAGACCCGCAGUGCGAUUAGUGUCCGGGGCAAUCGCAAGCGAGGCGAGGAGGACGAUGAUACGAUUGAGGAGUGGGAGCAGAUGGCUGAUUCGUGUGACUUUGAGGGAGAAGGGUGGUUGAAGACGGUUGCGGAUGUGAAGCCGGAUGUGGAGAGGGAUGCGGCUACGAUUGAGGUUCGGAAGUUGAGGAGUGAGGUGGGGGAGUUGAAGGAGUUGCUUGAGAAGCUUUUGAAGAGGGGGGAGGGGGAGAAUGGAUCUUAA